AUGAGCGCUGUUGGUCGCAAUGCGCCGCUCUCUCCGAUAUCUGUAGGCGGAAACGAUUGGUCUAUCCCAAAAUAUCCUCCCAGUGGCGACGCUCCUUAUCCCAAUAGUCGCGGCAAUCUCGCCUCCCCCCCCAAUUCGGGUGGCUCCAACGGCAACAUGAGUAUCAACGGCUUUCCUGGCGGUCCUAGGAGCACCGGUGGCCCGUCACCGCCAGCUUCGGUUGGCCGUUCCUCUGGCGGCACCAACAUGUACGCCAGAAGCGAUGCUGGUCCUCCCAACGGCGGUCUUAGCGGCCCCAGCGGCCAGCAACAGCAAAGGGGCGGCGAGCUCGACGAAGCCGUCCUCCACGAGCAUUACCUCACCCUUCGCGUCUUUCUCAACUCACGCGACUCGGCCGCGAAGCAGCAGCCUAACAAGGCGCGCGAUAAGCUCCUGCGACUCUCCUCUGUCCAGUUCUUCGAGCUGAGUACCGACGUCUUUGACGAGCUGAUGCGCAGACAGGCCCUUGCUCGCAUCCCUCCCAAUGCCCCCAACCGCCCGUCCGCCUUUCUACUACCCGAAAAGACGUUUCACCCCAAACGAAACCAGGCUCGUCAGCGACUCUCUUUCCUUGGCCCUCCGCGUUUCCGGGACUUGGCCGCCGAUGUCUUUUCCGAGCUCGAGCGCCGAUUCCCGAGAUUCGUGGCAGGCGAAAUUCCCCGGGGGAACAGCGCCAUGUCCAACCGCAGCGGCGGGCGAACUGGCACUCCUGUCAACGGUGGAUAUCCUCCCAGAGGUCAGAGUCGUGCUCGGCGUCCGUCAGACUCAAGCUCGAUGAGAGGCGGCCCUCCACCGCCAGACCCAUACGCGGUUCCUCCAUCUCCAAACCUCGGCGGCGGCAGCGACUUUAAUCGACCCCUGCCCAAGCAGAUCAACCAAAAUAAUACCAUAAUUCCCAACAAAAGUACCAUGCUCGAGGAAGACGACGGCGAGGGUUCGUCAGAAACUGACAGAAAGCUUAUUGAGGACUAUGAAUUACAACUAAGAGAGCUGCGGGAAAAGCUGGCGAGCAUGGAAAGUCAGAAGAAAGACGAGAAGUUGCAAGAAAAGCAGGAAUGGGCCGACAAGCUAGCCGAAGCCGAGAGCAGGAAUAGCUCGAUGAAACAAGAGCUGGAGAGACUGCAAGACAAACACGACCGCGAAACUCGAGACCUGCAAUCGAGAUUGGAUGAGAUGGAGCGCAAUUCCGGGAGUAUGCGCGGCGGUGGAGACUUGGAAAUGGAGAAUGAGGAGCUGCGCAACUCGCUUAAUCGACAACAACGGGUCACCGAAGAGGUUCGCCAGGAGGCACAGGAAUUUCUGCGUGAAAUGCGCACACUUUCCGAGCAAAGUCACGCACGAUAUGAAAAGCAAGUUGAAUUGGAGCGCAACAUCGAAGCGCUAGAGGCUGAAGUAAAGGAAUGGCGAAACCGGUAUGCCCGUACAAAGACGCAGCUCCGCAGCCUGCGCUCUUCUUCGCUAGGUCUGUCUGAGGAUACCGAAGGCGCACGAUUGAUUCGAGAAAAGGGUUUCAGCGACGACAAUGGCCUCGUCAAGGACGUCCAUGUCACUAAGUAUCAGAUCUCCAUCGACGAUCUGCUCCAGUCGGCGCGCAAAGAUAAUCCGGAAAAGACAAUUGAUGCAAUGAAGGCUGUCGUGGUCAGCGUGCGGCGAGUCACUAGAGAUGCCGACGGCGCGGCGCGACACGAUGAACAAGCGGCGCAACAGCUGGGAAAACUCAAGGCUAGGGUCUCCGCAGCGGCCAACAAUCUCAUCACAGCUACCAAGCAUUUUGCUUCCGGGGCGGGCAUCUCGCCAGUAUCGCUGGUGGAUGCUGCCGCGUCUCAUCUAACAGUAGCUAUUGUCGAGCUCCUUCGCGUUUGCAAGAUUCGACCUACACCGGCAGGAUCACGAAAUUCACUACCGGCACCGCCGGCUUUCCAAGGGUUAGGCGGCAUGCGAGCGAGCGCUGAGUCGUCGGCGUACAGCCCCAUCAACUCCCCGCGAGAAUCGAUAGAACCGUUUGGACGCAACGGCCCUAAUGGCAUCACGAAUGGCUACGGACAGAGCGCAAACGGCCGCAAUGAGGGCUACAAGGCGUACGACGGUUACUAA